CAGGCAGACAGCCCGAGCUGCGGGGCCGCAGGAGCGGCCGGGUGUGCUAGGAGCCCAGGUUGCUGUGACGGCUCCUGUCCGCACUGCGCAGGCCGGGAAUAGGCACCCGCUGCCCUGAUGGAGGCAGGGCCCUCCGGAGUCGUCCUGCUGACGCAGAUCAUACCCCAGCCCCACUCGUCAGACUCCUCUGCCCCACCGCGGCCCCUGCGGAAGUUCUACCAGGGGGAGCCGCUGGCUCUGGGCAUCACACAGAUACUCACAGGCAUUGUGCAGGUAGCUUUCGGCAUCAUCCUGAUUCUGGCGAAUGGCUACCAGAUAAUGGCGAUACACGUGGGGACCCCCUUUUGGACGGGGAUCCUGUACAUCCUUUCGGGGUUCAUUUGUGUGGAAGCUGCCAAGAACCCCAAGAUCUCA